AUGGUGUUAGUGGUGGCAGUGACGCAGCGGCACUGGGAGGCGGCACGGUGGCGGUUCGUUGGGGGCAGUGUGGCGCGACAGUUGUGGCUGUGUGGUGGGUAUGGGUUUAAAGUGAAAGGGUGUUAUGGGGGAAGCAUUGGGGGGGGGAAUGGUGGCUGGUGGGUGGUUCUGGGUGGUGGCAGCGGCAUUGCGGCGGCUCGGAGACGGCACGGGGGUCGUGGAGGAGAAACGGGGAAAGAAGAAGAAGGGGAGGGAGGGGUGGUUGGGGCGUGGUGGUGGUUGGCCAAAUGUCCUGGGUGGUGGCGACGGCUCGGUGAGGGAGGGGCGGUGGUGAUGUGGUGGUUGGGGGUAAAGGAAGAGAGAGUGCAGAGGGGGUUUGGGGGGGUGGGUUUGGUUAUGCGAAAGGGGUAG